AUGGAAGUUUGCGGGCCCGUCAAAUGUGAAAAUAUAUUAAAGCACCGACCCUUGACCCCUCUUAGGUUGUUGAGGGGUCUGCUAUGUUUAGUGGUGUUUCUUUCUACAGCUUUUAUGUGUUUAGUCUAUUUUGUGCCAGUGGCAGUUGUAGGAUUGCGGCUUUUCAGCAUACGUUAUAGUAGGAAGACAGUGUCAUUCAUCUUUGGAAUUUGGUUAUCUCUGUGGCCCUCUUUAUUCGAAAAGAUAAACAAAACCAAAGUUGUAUUUUCUGGGGAUAGUGUUCCAACGAAGGAACGUGUUUUGCUUAUUGCUAAUCACAGAACUGAGGUUGAUUGGAUGUACUUGUGGGAUCUUGCACUUAGAAAAGGGAGACUUGGAAGCAUAAAGUACAUCCUUAAGAACAGCUUGAUGAAACUACCUAUCUUUGGUUGGGGAUUUCACAUUCUGGAGUUCAUUGCAGUGGAGAGGAAGUGGGAGAUAGAUGAGCAAAUAUUGCACCAAAAGCUUUCAACCUUAAAGGACCCUCAAGACUCCUUAUGGCUAGCUCUUUUUCCUGAAGGAACCGAUUAUACUGAUCAGAAGAGUAAAAAUAGUCAAAAAUUUGCUGCUGAGGCUGGGCUCCCUGUGCUGAAAAAUGUAUUACUUCCGAAAACCAAGGGCUUUCAUGCUUGCUUGGAAGCAUUAAGAGGCUCAUUGGAUGCAGUAUACGAUGUGACAAUUGCAUACAAAAAUCAAUGUCCCUCCUUUAUGGACAAUGUUUUUGGAGUUGACCCUUCAGAAGUGCACCUGCAUGUUAGGCGUAUUCCAGUCGAAGAGAUUCCUGCUUCUGAAACCAAAGCUUCAUCCUGGUUAAUUAACACGUUCCAGAUCAAGGACCAAUUGCUUUCAGAUUUCAAGGCUCAAGGCCAUUUCCCUGACCAACAAAAUGAAAGUGAAAUUUCUACAUUUAAGAGCCUACUCUCUUUUACAGUGAUAAUUUUUUUCACUGUCAUCUUUGUUUAUUUUACAUUUUUCUCUCUCAUUUGGUUCAAAGUGUAUGUUGGUCUAUCUUGUGCAUAUCUUGCCCUUGCAACCCGCUUCAAUUUUCAAUUGAUGCCUCUAAGUAACUAUGUUCAUGCAAUCCUUAACAGCAAGAAACACAAUAGUGAAUAA